AGGCAGCACCCGGCUUGCUGGGGGUUGUCGUCAACAUUUCACAGGAACCAUGGCCUGAAGAAAGAGAUCCUUGAAGGAAGACAGCUUCGGAUUUGUUCAGAGGAACGUGACAACCUAAUAAUCCCGAUCUACGGCGAAGGCGACAUCGAGUCGGUUGCGCAGUUUCUCGGAGAUGCAAAAGUUGCGCCUGUAAAAUGCAAAAGUUUUCUCUGUGAAAAGGAGAGCGAGAGAGAGAGAGAGGAGAGAGAGAGAGGAGAGAGAGAGAGAGAGAGAGAGAGAGAGAGAGAGGAGAGAGAGAGAGGAGAGAGGAGGGGGGAGAGAGACCCUUUUCUCAGAUGGAGGAGACGGAUCUGAGGCUGGAGUCCAGUUUGUGGGUCGGGAAUAAAAGAUACCGGGCGGUCCUGACGGGCUGGCACUUCAAGUGGACCGAGGUAGAUAAGAAGAAUCGCGACAAGACAACAACUGCAGUGCCCGUGGCAGAAUUGUUUGGGGUGGAGGAGGGCCGCGUGGAGAUCCUGCCCCAGAAGUCCAUCGAGGACACGGACAAAGACUUCACAGUGUUCUACGUGAAGCGUAGCAGCAGUGGGAACUCUUGUGGGUUACUAUGGAGACUGGGCCGGACCCAGUUCAGCUGCCUCAGCCGGGAGCUCAGGGACCAGUGGACAAAACACCUAAGAACGGCUCUAAAAACUCACAGUCCGCUGCGGCCAAACCGGCUAUUGGUAUUCAUCAACCCAUUUGGAGGGAAGAAGAAAGGAAGAAAGGUCUACCAUUCACUGGUGGCCCCUCUGUUUGAGCUGGCUGGUAUCAGUUCUCAUGUAGUAGUCACUGAGCGGGCCAACCAGGCCAGAGACCACCUCCUGAAGAAAGACGUGACAGGCUUCGACGGUGUGGUGUGUGUGGGCGGGGACGGCAUGUUCAGCGAAAUACUUCACGGCUUGAUUGGCCGGACGCAACAAGAGGCGGGCCUUUGUGAGAACGAUCCAGCUGUCACUUUACAGCCUUGUCCGCUCCACAUUGGUAUCAUCCCUGCAGGCUCUACAGACUGUGUGUGUUAUGCCACAGUUGGAGUCAUCGACCCCGUUACUUCCGCUUUGCACAUCAUUAUUGGAGACUCUCAGCCUUUGGACGUCUGUUCGGUGCAUCAUGCCUCUGCUCUGUUGCGCUACUCCGUGUCUCUGUUGGGUUAUGGCUUCUACGGAGACGUCCUGGCCGAGAGUGAAAAAUACCGUUGGAUGGGACCGCUCCGAUACGACUAUUCAGGCACAAUGGUGUACCUGAGCAACAGAAGCUAUGCAGGCAUCGUAGAGUACCUACCAGCAGACCCGCUGCUCUCCAGCCCAAGAGAUAAAACACGCUGCCUCUCAGGCUGCAGUGUGUGUUCCCAAAGCACAGAAAGACUUUUCUCACACUCUUCGGAUCCAGGCUCCCUGUGCAGCUCCCAAUUCAGACCGUUCAGUAGCGACACAGAAGGCGAGUGGGUGCGGGUGGAGGGCCGGUUCAGGUGUGUGUCUCUCACUUGUAUGUCCUGCUCGUGUCCCAAGAGUCCUUUGGGCCUCUCUCCCUCCGCUCACCUCGCAGAUGGAACCGGGGACCUCAUCCUGGUGUGGGACACCCACCCGCUGGGAUUCCUCAAGUUCCUCUACAGACACACCUGCACGGAGGACCAGUUCGACCUGCCGUUUGUGGAGGUGCACCGCGUGAAGGCCGUCCGUUUCUCUCUCUCCCCCGACGAAGAGGAGGGAGCCCGUGAAGAGUUUGGCGCGUCGGGCGUUGGGCUGGACGAAGAAGAGAGGAGCUACGUUGAGACCGUGAGCAGGAGCGGAUCUCGGCAGCACCUGGCAGAGUGCGGCACAGGGCGAGAAACGGCGGAUAAGCAGAAAGCGGCGUCCCCCUUCACGUGUGGCCUGUGCUGCAGUAAAGCUCCUGCCGCGUCCGUGUGGAACUGUGACGGAGAGAUACUGACGGCCACAGAGGUCCUCUGCAGGGUCCAUGGCCAGCUGGUGCGUCUGUACGCCCGGGGUAUCGAGGACGGAGCAGCCAGAGGAAAAGAACAGUGUGAAAGGGGUUACACGCUGUACGAAUAGUCUCACUUGAAGUUUAGAUGACGAGCGAAAGGCAACAAUGGACACGUUAGGAAAAUGUUAGUUUGUGAAUUUACUGAGACAGCGCUGUCUGUCGGGCCGGGGCAUUACCAAUAUCUCAGGUACUUUCAUAUAUUUUCUCAUGCAAUAAUUGAUAAGUUGUUAAAUGAAUGAUGUGUGUUUGUUGAACUCUACUUGUUUGUCUUGCUAAAUGGAAUUAUGACAUAGUUGUAAUGCAGACCUUUCUGGAGUGUAGGCAUCAUUUUAUUUAUCUUCACUUGAGCUUCAACAGAAUAAAACCAUGGGGAAUGUUACCAGAAAUGAAAGGAAAACAAAUGUCAAUAAAAAAUUGACUUGAA